UAGACUUAACGCGACACUGCUUCCAAGUCCUUUUUCCCCUGUUCUCCUCCAUGCUACAGAGUGAGACACACAGCGUUUUGGGCAACCGAUCUGGAAGACGGUUUGGUGUUUUAGGUAGAUGAUCUGUGGGAAAAAAAUAAUAAUUUAUAAAAAAACCAAUAGGAGAGAGCCACGUCGUUGGAGGACAAAGGUUAUACAUGGCUUCUUCUUCUUCUUCUUCUCAAGAAAAAUAUGAUGUAUUUCUCAGUUUCAGGGGUGAGGAUACCCGCGAUGGUUUUACUGGACAUCUUUAUAAUGCUCUGUGUCAAAAGCAUAUCAACACAUACAAGGAUGAUGAAAACCUUGAAAGCGGCCAUAGAAUUUCUGAAAUCAUGGAGGCGAUUAGGGAAUCUAAGAUUUGCAUAAUAGUUUUCUCCAAAGACUUUGCAUCUUCCACAUGGUGUUUGGAUGAAGUGGUCCGCAUAAUCGAAUGCAAGAGAGGUGGAAAUGAUGUUAUAAUACCCAUUUUUUAUGGCAUUGAACCAUCCACCGUACGGAAACAGGAGCAGAGUUAUGCUGAAGCAUUCGCUAGACAUGAACAACGUUUUAAGGACAGUAUCUAUAAGGUGCACCGGUGGAGCAAUUCUCUCAAGGAAGUGGCUGGUAUCAGAGGUUAUAAUUCAACGAAAGGAAGGCCGGACUACAUGCUAAUUCAAAAAAUUGUGGAAGACGUUUUAUUAAAAUUGCGUAAAUAUCAAUUAACAAAUGAUCAUUUCAAGGGCAGCCUCGUUGGGAUGACCGAACGUAUCAAGGAAAUUGAAUCAUUGUUAUCCAUUGGCUUAAUGGGUGUCCGCAUCAUAGGUAUUUGGGGCAUGGGAGGAAUUGGUAAAACCACCUUGGCUAGUGUUAUUUAUCAAAGAUUUUCAUAUUCUCAUUUUGAAGGUUAUUGCUUUCUUAAGGAUGUUAGAGGAGAAUUCGAAAGAUAUGGAAUAAAUCAUUUAAGAAAGAAUCUUCUUUCCAUGUUGUUAAAGGAUGAAGCUAUUCUAAACAUGGACACCCCAUUUGUAGUAUCAAUCUUUAUUCAAGACAGAUUCCAUCGUAAAAAGGUCCUUGUCGUUUUAGAUGAUGUGGAUGCAAUAUCCACAUUACAAUAUUUAAUUGAAGGUUUUGACCAGUUUGCUGAUGGAAGUAGAAUCAUUGUCACUACUAGAGAUGUGCAGUUGCUUAGGUUAGUGGCUGAUAAAAUUUAUGAGGUUAAGAAGUUAAAUCACUUUGAAGCCCUUCAACUCUUUAGCUUGCAUGCUUGUGGACAAAAUUCUGAUCUUGCAACGAAUUAUGAAAAUUUACCAGAAAAAGUGGCAAAUUAUGCGGAUGGCAAUCCAUUAGCUCUUAAAGUCUUGGGCUCUUCCCUUCACUCCAAAAGCAAGAAAAAAUGGGAAAGUGCAUUGGGUAAGCUGCAAAUAGAUCCUCACCAGGACAUUCAAAAAGUGUUGAAAAUAAGUUAUGAUGGAUUAAGCGACAAAGGCAUCCAGGAUAUAUUUCUUGACAUUGCAUGCUUCUUUGAUGAUGGAACUGAUAGAGAAUAUGGAGAAAACAUACUACAUCGUAGUGAGCAUUUUGAUGCAACGAUAGGAAUAAGCAUUCUCAUUGAUAAGUGCUUAGUUAUCAAAUGUCAAAGAAAGUUGUACAUGCAUGCUUUAGUACGACAGAUGGGCAAGGCGAUUGUUUGUGAUGAAAACAAAGAACCUGGUAAACGUGGUAGACUAUGGAAGACUAAGGAUGUUUGCCAUGUAUUGGAAAGAAAUACGGGAAGCUCUACAAUUGAAGGCAUAUUAUUGAAUCAGUCUGAACUUCAAAAAGAUGUAAAAGUGAUGCCUACAGCAUUCUCAAAAAUGUACCAUCUUCGAUUUCUUAGAAUGCAUUUUGAUGAUAGAUUUGCCUUUAAAAGCAUAGUCUCAGAGAAAUCAGGAUGGGCUCCUUACAAUAAAAUGAUUCUUCCUUUUGAAGGUAUUGAGUAUCUUUCUAAUGAGCUAAGAUAUUUUCAAUGGGAUUUAUACCCUUCAAAAUAUUUGCCAUCAAAUUUUAGUCCUAAGAAUCUUGUAGAACUUGUUAUGCGUGAGAGCCAACUUGUGGAGCUACCUUGGAAUGAAGAUCAGCCCAUUGGGAAGUUAAAGAAAAUCGAUCUUAGUUAUUCUGAGCACCUUAUUCAAAUACCAAAUUUGUGUAGGGCUAUAAAUAUUGAAAGUAUAUAUCUUCGAAGUUGUAAAAGUUUGGCUCAAGUUCCUUCAUGUUUUAAGAAUCUGGAUAAGCUUCAGCUACUAGACUUGACUGAUUGCAUUAGUCUGAAAGAUGGCAUAGAAAAUCUUCCGAUGAAUAUAAGGAAGUUAAGAUUGGGUGGAACAGCAAUAGAAGUGUUGCCCUCAUCAAUUGGGUGUCUUGUAGAUCUUGAAUAUUUAGAUUUGAGUGGCUGUAAGAAUCUGAAAGAUGGCAUAGAAAAUCUUCCAUUGAAUAUAGUGGAUUUAAGAUUGUCGUGGACAGCAAUAAAAGUAUUGCCCUCAUCAUUUGGUCUCUUGAAUCCCUACAGAUUAGAUUUGAUGUCUUGCAGAAAUCUGGAAGAUGUACAAAAUAUUUCGAUGGGUACAGGUGAUUUAAAUUUGAGUUGGACACCAAUUAAAACUCUACCAGAAAGCAUUUGGAAGAUGAGACAUCCUGUAAGUCUGUUUCUUAAUUAUUGCCCAAACCUGGAAAAGCUUCCAGAAGUCUCGGAUUGUUUAAGCUCAUAUAUUCGAAUUUUGAGUUUAAAUGGUUGUACGAGAUUGAAAUCAAUACCAGAGCUUCCACCCCGUUUAGUAUGUUUAUAUGCAAAAAAUUGUACAUCCCUGGAGACAAUAUCAAGUUGGAGGGAUCCCCACUAUGAAUUAAUUGGAAGGAUAUGGGGUGGUUGUAGGUUUGAAAAUUGUCUAAAAUUGGAUGAGCACACACGGAACAACAUAAUUGCUGGUCGUUUACGCCGUACCAUUUCUUUUGCUCAGGAUAUUCUACAUCUUGAAGCGGUGUAUCCAGGAAAUGAAAUCCCAGAGUGGUUCAGCCAUCAAACUGAUGGUGGGAACUCAAUCCACAUCCGGUUUCCUCCUAAUUGGUUUCAUAGUAAUGAUCCCUGCUUCAAAUUUGUUUGUUGCGUUGUUUUCAAUAAGUCUUGGAUGGAUGCUAUCUUCCAUUUUGAAUUCAAUUUCAAAACCAACAUGAACAAUGAUGACCGUCUUUAUGAUUAUCGGAAACCAUUAAUGGAAGGUCCCGAUACAAUUUAUCCAGAUCACGUCUUCAUAAGUCACGAGAAGAUCAAUUUGAUAGAUAUGUUUGGGACAGAGUGGUCCUCUGUUUGUAGCAAUAUUACCAAUGCUUCUUGCCGUGUGUUUAUACAGGGAAAAGGGAUCAUCAAUUGGGAGAUCAAAAAGUUUGGGUUGGAAUUGUUAAAAUAAGUGAGAUGCAAGUAAAAGUAAAAGACACUUUGGUGAAUGUUGUGGUCAACCCAAUGGAUACCAAGACAAUGUUGAUUUCUCACAUGAUCCUCACAUCAAUUCCAUGACAAACAAUGCCCAAUGAAAUGAUUAGGUAAAUUAUUUUUACAUUAUUCUCUUUAUCAAUUAACACUAUCUUUUCAAUCUACACAAACAAGACGUAAUUAAUUGAAAAGAAAGGAAAAUUGUUCAUACUAUUUAUAUUUAAUAGCCUUAUUUUUUUGUACCAUGAUCGUCCUUACGUGGCAUAUAUCAGUACGAAUUCCAUAUUAUUAUUGCUUUUUUUGCACUUUUGUUUUUCUUGGUACGAAGCCUUAUUGUUAGCAUUGAUUGACUAGUGAGAAUAUUAGACAAAUAAAAAUGUAUAUAUACCGAUGAUAUUUCCGAAUUACUUAUAUAUGAUGCGUUCUAUAUGGUUUAACAUAUCUAUAUCUAGUUGAGCAUCUUUGUUAUCUUGCUGAAUAAAAUCUCUCAAAACAUCUGUGUAUGUCAAAGGGUUUUUUCUGGUUGUUAGGAGCACAUACCAUAUAGAAUACAAAUAUAACAUAAGUUAAUUUUCUUGGUUUUAUGUAUUAUGUUUGAUAAAAUAUGGAAUAGAAUUGAAUGGACAUGAUAAUAAAAAAAGAAAAAAAAUACCGAAUUACUUUAUUAGAAAGAUUACAAUGUUGAUUUUAUAAAUUUAUAUACAUAAACUACAAACAAUCUUCCGGACUCUUAAGCGAUGUGAAGAAGGCUGCUAGAAAGAAUAAGAAGUUUACAGAUAUAGAUAUAUAUAGUGUCAUUGCUCAACUUCACAAUUCAAUAUAAUUUUGCUUAACAGUCUUUCAUUUGUUUUUUCAUUAUUAUUAUAUUUUUCCUAUUACAUUUUUACGACUUUAUUACGAUGCAUAUCAGGCUGCAUUAUUAAAAAAAAUAAAAAUUAUACAUUUUUAAUUAUUGGUUGAGAAAAUAAUUUUUUCAGGUUUUUAAAAUCUUUUUAUUAAAAAGUUAUAUAUGUGAUCCAAAUAUUGAUGAUUUCUUGAUCGUAUAUUUAUAUCAUAUUUAAAUAUUAUAUAUAUAUACAUGAAAGUUUUUUUUGUUUUUUCUGAAUUUUGUUUAAAUGAAAAAGGAGAAAAACGUAAUAUAUGAUUAAAUUCAUAGUACAUUAUACUUCAUGGGCCAAUAGUACAUAUAGAAAUAGGAGAAAGAGGUGCAUAUAUAUAAGAAAGACAAAUUGUUAUUAAAGAAAUAUCGGAAGCCUUGAAGUCCAGCAUAAACACAAAAGGACAAGCACCCGAACCACCACGCUUGGUCACUGGUCAGGCCCCAAAAUCCAUCUUUUCCAACUUUUUCCAAACACUUUUUUUGGAGCCUUAAACCACAUACAUAAACCAAAGGGUCGUAUCUGGUGCUUUUUUGCUGUUACUUUCAGCCAACUUUCAUACUUCUCAAGAGGACCAUUACUCUCCAUUCUAUACGCACUCCUUUUACUACUAGCAGCAAAUUAAAUUAGCGUAUUUUGAGGAUAAUCCGUAGACCAAGCCUUUGUCCAUGCAAAGUAACAAAUUGACAGUACUUUUUAAUCUACAUUAAUUUGCUGAUGGUUGGACAUUCAUUAAAUGCAUUGAACUUUUGAGAUGUUAGGAUUUUUAUACUAGACAAAAUUAUAGGAAAUUUAAUAGAUGAUGUGUUUUUCUGCUGUAGCAAUCAGAUUAUCUUAAAAUAUAAAAUUUUCGGCCUUGAAUAACUUUUAGCGUGAAAAACAAAAAGCUAUAUGUAUAAACUACUGCCCCUUUUUUCUUCUCUGAAUUAGUUAUUCUAAAUGUACUCUGUCUUAGAAGUCAUAAAUUCUAUUCUCUAGCAUUUGAAAAGUCUGCUUUUUAAGAUUGUAGAAUGGUAGUUUUAAAUUAACAAACAGUAUUGAAUUGUCACUAACUAAUACUUAUUUGUAUAAUGUUUUCGAGAAGAAGAAUAAUAUGCUUGGAACCCAAAGAAGAAUUAGUUUUGAAUUUCAUAAUAUGCUUGGAACCCAACGAAGAAUUAGUUUUGAAUUUCAUGAAUUAAAAAGAGCAACCUUGUUAGUGAUGCUCUUAUCAAGCUGCUCUCUUUCUUGUGGUAAAAGCUUUAUGAGUAUAUUGUUAUGAUUUUGUUAUGCUCGCUGUGGGCGAUCGAAACAUAUUAUGUGAAAUGCAGAGAAAAAAACUUCAGCAGACCAAACACAUUGAUGGCUCUUCUUUUACUCAAAAGGGUAUGGAAAUGCAAAAUUUCUGUUUUGCAUAGAAUCACAGAAUAAACGAAUUGAUGGCUCCUGUUGUUUUUCACCAAAGCUAUAUUACGGUUUUGACCAAUUUUGGUUCUGCCUAUAAAGAUUGCCAAUCGGAUGUGGCUAUGGUGGAUGGUGACAGCAUUGGUAGAAUCAUUUUCUGGGCUUAUUAAUUCGCAUAUAUGUUCUAUGUUCUUGCAGACUGUUCUCAUGAAACUGAAACUAAAGAUAUUGACAGGGCUUUUUCGGGAGGCGAGCAGGAUGGAGCCACCGCAUGACGCUCUUCAAAUCCUUCACAGGUUUGAAGCUUUGAGCCAGCUGGACCAUCCAUUAGAAUGCCUUUUUGACAAACAGACACUCGGUGGUGGAUGUUUCGAACGUGAAAACUCUCCUAAAUGACAUAUUUUUAAAUAUAGCCAAUAUAGAGGCCAUGGGAUGAGUCUGUGUUUGUAUUCCUCCAUUUGAAGGCUCUUUUGGCUUAAUGCAAUCCUUAUUUUAUCGAUA